UUUUUGAAGAACUGGAAGCACAGUUCACAGAAUACGCCAUGAAAGUUUCUUUUCUGGAGAUUCAUAAUGAGGAAAUAAUAGAUCUUCUGGCUCCAGAUGAGUGGGAAUUCACAAAUUAUAAGUUGAAGAAACCGAUAGCUCUCGUGGAAGAUGGAAAAGGAAGCAUUAUUGUUAGAGGAAUGGAAGAGAAGUUAGUUCGUUCUGCUGAUGAAAUAUACAAGAUAAUGGAUAGAGCUAGUGCAAGACGGAACGCCAUUGAAACUCUACUAAACCAGCAAAGCAAUCGUUCUCACUCCAUAUUUUCAAUCACAGUUCAUAUAAAAGAGUUUACUCGAGAGGGAGAAGAAGUGAUCAAAACUGGAAAGCUCAAUCUUGUGGAUUUAGCUGGUUCAGUGAAUGUUUUGAGAUCAGGUUCUGUAGAGGGCAGAUCAAGGGAAGCUGGAGGGAUAAAUAAAAGCUUGCUCACACUUGGGCGUGUUAUCAAUGCGCUUGUUGAGGAAUCCAGCCAUAUUCCCUACAGAGAUAGCAAGUUGACAAGAUUGUUGAGGGAUUCUUUGGGAGGAAAAACUAAGGCUUGCAUUAUUGCGACAAUAUCGCCUUCGAUUCACUGUCUGGAAGAGACACUUAGCACAUUAGAAUAUGCUCAACGUGCAAGAAAUAUCAAGAAUAAACCAGAGAUUAAUAAAAAAAUUAUGAAAUCUGUAAUGACGAAGGAUUUAUACCGUGAGAUUGAUCGUCUCAGAAAAGAAGCAAAUGCUAUAAGAGAGAAAAAGGGCAUAUACAUCCCCGGGAAUAUCUUCAUUCAAGAAGCUGAGAAAAAGGCCAUGGAAGAGAAAAUGGAGCGCAUACAAGAAGAAAUAGAGUCCAAAGAUAAACAAAUAACUGUGCUUCAAGAGCUUCAUGCUUCUCAACAACAAUUAAGUACAGAAUUAACUGAGAAACUUAAUUAUAGCCAGAAUAAAUUGAAAGGAAUUGAAAAGGUGAUAAUAGAUCAAGAAGAACAAUAUCAAAAAGCAAAUUAUACAUUAAGGGAAAAGGAGUAUUUAAUAAUGGAGCUUCUUCAUUCAGAGAGUGUACUUGCCAAACACGUGAAUUUUCUUCGAUCAGAGCUAAACCAUGCUGCUGCUGAUAUGUCUGAAUUAUCCUCUAAAAUUGAACACAAAGAUAAUAUUGCAGAGAUGAACCAAACCAAUGUGCAAAAGUUUCAAUCAGAGUUGAAUAAAAAGCUUCAUAUUUUGCAUAAAAUUGUCUCAAAUUAUGUGAGGCAGCAGGAGAACCAACUGAAGCAAAUAGAAGAAGACAUGAAAUCAUUUCAAUCUAUCAAGGCUGUGGUUACUAAAGAGCUCAAAGGAUUGGUUGAUAAAAUGAAAGCUGUUUAUGGAUCUGAAAUUACAACAUUGGAUGUUUUGGCUGGAGAAUUAGAUCAAAAUUCUCAAAUAAUUUUUGGAAAGUUGUACUCACAAUGCUUUAAGGGAAUUGCAGUAGAGGCUGAUUAUUUACUUGAAGAGCUUGAAAGUAACCUUUCUAAUCAAAAACUCAAAUUGAAUGCUUUUGCACAGCUGCAACAUGAGGGAAAUUUAAGAACUGUGGAGGCAACACGUUCCAUUUCAGAUACUGUUACAAGCUACUUCCAUACUGUAGAAGUUCUUGCAUCAAGAUUGAGCAAAAUUGUGAAAGAAACAAAUAAUUCACAGCACCAACAAUUAAGUGAGAUGGAGAGGAAGUUUGAGGAGUUUGCAGAUUAUGAAGAAAAACAAUUGGUAGAGAAGGUGGUGCAAAUGCUAGAUGCUUCAAGAAAAAGGCAGAAAAAACUGGCUCAGACAGCAUUUAACAUUCUCAGAGAAAGUGCUGAUGAUAGAGCAAAUAACCUACAAAAAGAAAUAUCCAACGCUCAAAAUUUGACCUCGAUGAUCAAAGAGCAAUGGAGGUUUUACAUGGAAGAAACUGAAAAUAAUUAUCUUGAGCACACUGCUGCAGUGGAAAGCAGAAGAUGCAGCUUGGAAGAAGGUCUAAAUGAUUGCAUACAGAAGACUGAAAUGGAUUCCCUGCUCUGGGAAAAUGCUCAGGAUUGGUUGCUGAGCUUAGGGAGAACUACUAUAUCAUCAAUGGAGUCAAUUGUCAGGAAUGGAUUGGAGGCCAAUCAGCUGCUAAGAGCUAACCAAUCUUCUGCACUUGGGGACUUAGAUUCCUGCAUCAAGAAUUUUCAUUCCUCCAUUAAUUGUUCUCUGAAACUUUACAAUGAUGCUUCUGAGAGCAUCAAUUCCAUUACCAUUCCAUCAAUCAGGGAUUUAUGGGACCUGAAGAAUGAACACUAUCUCAAGAUUGUUGAGAUCACAGAUAGCACUGAAAAGUGUCUGGAACAGGAGUACAUGGUGGAUGCAUGAACCAUCUUUUUCAGCACCUAAUAAAAAGGUGAACCAAUUUGCCUAGCGUGGCAUUGAUAUUGGAGCUGAGAACACCAGACUUUGAAGAGCUGCUUGAAGGUUUCUAAGAAGUCUCUAUGUGAGCAGAUAAAUGGGGAAGUGAAAAAUCUAUCUUCAGCUAAUGAGCGAGUCCCCCUAAAUACAAAAAAUGAAGGAAGAAUUCAACCGGAUUGAGUAAAUCCAAGAGGAUGUACAGAUCUCUCUCUCUCUCUCUCUCUCUCUCUUCCUUUUUUCUUUUUCUUUCUGUUCCAACAAAUGGUAUAAAAACAGUGAAUUAUCUAAAGGUUAGUAUAUUUUCACAUUACAAACCUACUGUUUUUCAAUCGGUAAUUGUAUAAUAUCAGUAAU